AUGACUGACUCAUCAAAUGACAUUUCCUCAUUAUAUCCACCACCUCCCUCCUUUUAUAAAUAUUUCACGAAACAGAAUUUGGAAAAAUUACAACAUCUUGCUGCUACAGAAAGUAACAACAAAGAUGAAAAAGAAAAUAUCUUAAAUAAUGAUCCAGAGUUACAAUAUUUAAUACCACCGCCUUUGCCUGAAGAUGGUAGAUAUAGGUCGUUUGGUAACAUAUGGCAAUUGAAGGAUGAAUUACCAGACUUAAAACAAGUUGGCAUACCUCAACUAUAUAAAAAUAAUGACACUCAAGAUUACACAGACAAAAUAAAACAAUUAAAAAUACUAGUUAAAUCAUUAUUAUUGAAUUUCCUAGAACUAACUGGUUUAUUAAGCCUGGAUCCCUCUCAAUAUGAAAAAAAGUUGGAGCAUAUUAGAAUAAUAUUGAUUAAUAUACACCAUCUGUUAAAUGAGUAUAGACCCCAUCAAACAAGAGAAUCUUUAAUAAUGUUAUUAGAAGAUCAGUUGGCCUUUAAAAGAAAAGAAAUAAAUAAUAUCAAAUUAGUAUGUAAACAGGUGGAAGAGAAGCUAAAAGAAAUAUCCGAAUUGCCUAUUAAUGACAAUGAUGCUAACUUGACCACGUCAUCAUCUUAA